CAACCAAAACAAAACGACAGCUUGCACAUCCCAGUAAAGUCUUGCUAGUUACGUAACAUUGCUCGUAUGUCUUGCCUUACGGAACUGAACCACUCUCUUACUUGAACUUCACCCAAGGAGGAACUGACAGCCAGAUGUUUGUCCUGUUCAGGCGUGGAUGUGCGUUCCGGAACCGUCAGUUUGCUGUAUCACGUCAUGUUGUGUCGUAUGUCCAAGGUCAAUCUCCUUCACCGAAAGUGCGAGAGUACUUUUAUUACAUUGACCAUCAGGGGCAGGUAUUACCAAUUUUUUUCAUGAAGCUGUUUUCUUUUUUUCAUUUUCACUCUUAAUUCAAGUCUUCCAACCAUACCUCAUGAAGAUUACAUCAGUGGAACACACUGCAGUCGAAAACUACAGACUCAGUUGUGUGACACUCAUUAGAAAAUAAUGUACUUCAGGUCACUGAUCGAAGUUGAACGUUAAUUAGUUGACUUGCAUGCAUAUGAAUUGGAUUAGUUUUUGUAUUUACAUAGAUUUCAUUUAUUUAUGAGCUUAGAUUUUGCUGAAAUUUACAAAAAGAUAUGUCAGCUGUUUGAAGUAAUUUCGUCUUAAACCUCUCCCCUAUACAGUAAAUAUGACCGAAGAGGGGUGUGGUUGUGAAAUUGAUUAUCACUUUCAUUCUUCAGCCAGUUCAGGUGUUAUAUGAACCAAUUUUUCCUUGACUUAAGGUAUAAUAAAACCUUCAUGAACUAUGGUGAAAUAUACUAAAGAUUUGUUGCUCUCUUUCAGUUGUUUCUUGAUGACACAAAAGUGAAAAACUUUAUCACCUGUUUUAAAGGUAACUAUAGCAAGAUCCAGUCUGUUUAUUUUGUUUUGUUUUGUCUUCAUUUCAUUUUGUUAUUUUUUUAAAGUCUGGUUGAAAUUCAAGUUUCCAUAUUAACUUCUUUGUUUACUUAGUUCAUUAUGGAUUGUUUCUUCUCAAUUGACUCACUUUGAAUUUGUUAAUUUUCAGACAAGCAGUUUCUUAAAUUUUUCUUCAAGAGACUAAAGCAAAACAAAACUUCAAGGUUUGAGGAAGACUUCCCAUUCAUUUCACCCUGCGGUCUUGAAAUGAACUACAUCCGUUGUGAUGAUGUGCCAGUUGUUUUUGCCACCAUUAUAGAAGAUGCAGAUGGUGGCAGUAGAUCACCUGGACUUUUGACUUACAGUGGAAUCGGAGAAACACUUACAUUCCCAUUUCAACCAGAAAAGGUCUGCAUGCUUCCUGAGAGUGGAAGAAUUUAUCACCCAGGACCAGAGAAAGUUGGUGGUGUGGCACUUAUUAAGUCAAGUCUUGCUAUUGAACUAAGUCCCCACUUUGAAUAUCAAAAAGGAAACCAAGAAAAUGAUCCUCCAACACAUUUCAACUGGAAAGGAAUUUGCCAUGAAUUGGACAAUUCAGUUUGGAACUAUUUAAGGUCUGCUGAGGUGGAGGAACUUAGAAAAAGAAAAUCACAGUGACAACUUAAUUUAGAUAUGUGAAACAGCAAGUCCUGUCAACUGGCAAAACCUUUUUUUUUUGUAAUACAGUUACAUUUCAUUUGUGAUUAAGGCUACAAAAGAGCAGAAUUGUGCUCUAAUCUGUUGACCUUGUCAUGGCACAGGUCUUUUGGCUAUAACUGUGUAGUAUUAAAAAAAAAAAGAAAAAAAAAAGGGGGAUUAAUUAUUUUCUUAGUUUAAAGCCGUAAAAUAGACCCAUGUUUAUCUUUGGUGGUAGACAUCCAACAUUCCUGAAAUGUCAGGUUGUGUUUACACUUCACAACAGGGUAAUACAAAACUUACCUGAAUGCAGAUACUCUCAAGCUAACUAAAACCUAAUGAGAGUAAAACACUCGCUAAGUAAAAUGCCUUGUGAGUAAGUGGAAUGAGUGUAACCUUGUGGUGUAGAACUUUUUUUUUUAUUUAUUAUUGUUUACACUUAGAUCCUUAAGACAAUGACAUUGAUGACAAAAACAAUAUUUUAAUGAAGAUAAUCAUAAUAAAUGUGGGUUUAAUAUUUUCAUGAGAAGGAAAAACAGAAAAGUUGAAUUAUCGGACUCUUAAGUUGAAACCUCUGCAAAAGCAAUGGCCAUACACAAAUUCAUUUAAUUUUAUUCAUAAUUUCAGUAUAUUACAGAGAUAAAAAUUACAGUUUUUGUUAUUUCUUAAAUGAUACGUUGCCAUUAAUGUCACAAUGAAAAACUGAUCAUAUAAUUGCUUGCUGGGCCUGCUUGCUGGACCUUUUGAUUUUCAAAUGUGG